AUGCCGAACGAUCCACUUUCUUCGAUAUCCAUGUGGGUGUGUCUCCUGCUAUCUGUCGCACUGAUCGUCGUCCGGAUCGGUUUCCGGUUAUGGAGGAAACAGCGCCUUAUACACGGUGACUACUGGUGCUUGUUGGCCGCAUUGUUCACUAUCAUGCGCUUGGCUACCAACUACUAUCUGUUGAUCUAUGGCUCCACAAGAAUAAUAUCGGCAGAGCGCCGCCUUCAGCUCCUUGAGCCUGAGUACGAGUCCUCGGCCUCUGAGGUUGUGAUAGGAAGCAAACUCGUCCUGGCGACUCGGACCAUGUUGACAUGCUUGCUGUGGUGUUUGAAGAUGGCUGUCUUCGAUCUACUCGCAAGACUCAUCGCCAAGAUGCCCUACGAACGGAUCCUCGUAUACGGCUUCUGGACUGCACUGUUCUCAACCUUUGUUGCUUCAGUAGUUACUAUUUUCAUCGGCUGUCGUCCGUUUGAGCGACAUUGGCAGAUCUAUCCUGACCCUGGCGAAUGUGUCGUUGGGAACGUUUGGCUUAUUACGUACGAGACGAGUAACAUCGUGGCCGACUUGAUGCUUAUGGCCAUACCGUUCACCCUUAUCUGUUCAGUCACGAUUCCAAUGACACAGCGUCUUCGAGUUAUGGCGCUUUUCAGCAUCGGUAUCUUUCUCGUCGCAAUCAGUAUCAUUCGCAUCAUCCAAGGUAAGGACUCUCGAGUCCAGCGCGGUCACACGUUGUGGGCUUCGCUCGAAAUUCUUCUUGCCGUUGUCGUUGCUGUGACACCAACGAUCUAUGCCCUCGCGCACGGCCGUCAUGAAAACGACACUCUUAACAGGACGCAUCUGUCGGAAUACCCAAGAGGGCGUACAUUCUCCGGGGGAACAAUACCCAGCGACAAAUACAGCGGCAGUCUGUGGACCGAGCUGCAUGACGACACCUUGAAUCGACUGGACAGCGCAAGCUCGCAAAGAGUACUGAUAGUGAUGCGGCAUCAGUCGCUCGAUGCAAGAGUUGUAUGA